ACUGAAAUUAAUUAGUCGAUUUGUUAAAUUACAAUAAACACGCGUACGGGUGUUGACUAAGGAGGGAGGAGAUCGUAAGCUGCACAACGGUUACAAGAUAAAGUGGCCAUUAAAUACAGCCCUUGUAGACGUUUACUUUAACGAUGAUAGCUGUGUCGGGAGGAAGCGAUCUGGAAUCAAUGAUUUCCCGGUCCGUCCCGGACGACCGAGGAAUGUCGGGAAGGAAUGGCGGAUCUCUAUAAUGGAGACACACCCACCUCGGCCUGUCCUGAACUUUAGUUCUGAUAAGGGCGCCUUCUGUCGUUAUCAGAUCAGAGUUACUCCGUGAUGACGACACAUUAGUAUAUACAGUAGACGGUGUGUCAGUACUUAUAUAGUCACCAUGAGAUUUUACAGGUUCUUCACCCUUCUCUGUGUUGCUGCAGUGUGUCGGGUAGAAGGAAUAGCAAAUCCAACAACUGAAUCAAAUCCAACAACAACAACAUCUACAGCAACAACACCGACGACGCCGACGAAACCAACAGAAUCCACUACUACAUCACAGAAGACAACAACAACAAUACCCACGACAACAACAACACCCACUACAACGACAACAACACCCAAUACAACAACAACAACAACACCCACUACAACAACAACAACACCCAAUACAACAACAACACCCACUACAACAACAACACCCACUACAACAACAACACCCAAUACAACAACAACAACACCCACUACAACGACAACAACACCCACUACAACAACAACAACACCCAAUACAACAACACCCAAUACAACAACAACACCCACUACAACAACAACAACACCCAAUACAACAACAACAACACCCACUUCAACAACAACAACACCGACGACGACAACAAGAACAGACUCGUCAUCAAACUCGUCGACUACAAUAACUGCAGUUCCGUUAGGAUCAGUUCAAACACAGCCUAGUAUUUCCACCCAGGGACCAACACCCUCGCCUACUAUCCAGACAUCUGAACGCUCUACAACCCAACAGCCAAGUAUUUCCGGACCCACCACACAGGCACCCACGUCAACUUCCGGACCCUCUUCUUCGACCUCUGUUCCGGUGACGCCGGCCGCCAGUUCCUCGCCUAACUACGACCACGAGUUGGCCAUUAUCUUCGGUGUGAUGUUUGGACUGAUGGUUCUGGCGGUGUUUAUCUUCUGUGUGUACCGGUGUUACAAAAACGACCAAAAACAGGCCUACAUGGAGGGAGGAGGAGACAUUUCCAUCAAAAUGUCCAAGUUCUGACGAUUGUGAUAAACUUGUGAGAGAGAUUCGCUGAACUUAAAUGUAUGAGUGAUGGACUUGGACUUACGAUAUUGCUGAAUGGAUUUAUGUGUAAAGUAGACGGCUGUGAGGUAUUGUUCAUCAGUGUUUACAUGCAUGUAUUUUAUUUAUAUAAGCCAUGUGGAUAGCUUUCAAGGAUUUAUUUUGUGCAUUAAUUUUGACAACCGUGUGACUGGCGAUUCCCAUGUGUCAAAAACUGAAAAACGUGCCUGAAAAUAGUGAUGAAAUAUUUGUUUGAUGUUGAAUUUUGUGUUUAUACACAGUUACAUGUAUAAUAUUGUUCGAUCUUACGACAACAAGGGUAGACAACGUUGUUCUUCUUUUUAUAUAUAUAUAUAUAUAUAUAUCAAUCUGCAUUUCUAUAUUUGACCCCUAUAAGAGAGGGGAUGGAAAUUUAACAAUUUUAAAAGGAUUUCAUUGCAUUUGUAAUGAUAAAAGAGAUAUGCCAAA